CUGUAAUUUUAGGAGCCUCAGAAACAGAGCGGAGGCUCCAUAAGAAGAUAUUUCAGAACUACAACUUGAAAGUCAGACCGGCACGCUACUGGGAAGAGAAGGUGAUGGUCCGGGUAGGGAUGACCCUCUCCCAGCUAGUCAGCUUGAACGAGAAGAACGGCGAGAUGACAACCAACGUGUUCAUGAACCUGGAAUGGACAGACUACAGGUUGUCAUGGAACCCAGAGGAAUAUGACAACAUUAACGUUUUGAGGAUUCCUCCCAACAAGGUGUGGCGUCCUGACAUCUACCUCAUAAAUAAUAAUGACGGUCAGUUUGACGUGGCUCUGUAUGUCAACGUCUUGGUUUACAGUGAUGGGAAAGUCAACUGGCUCCCCCCAGCCAUCUACCGCAGCUCCUGCUCUAUAGAGGUUGCGUAUUUCCCGUUUGACUGGCAGAACUGCAGCAUGGUUUUCCGCUCAUAUACCUAUGAUGCCUCUGAGGUGGACCUGCAGUACUUUCUGGACGAUGAAGGCAAAGAGAUCCAGGAGAUUGUUAUAGAUGAGAACGCUUUCACUGAGAACGGGGAGUGGGCCAUCUGUCACAAGCCCUCAAGGAAGAACGUUAAGGAAGACCUGUAUGAGGACAUCACCUUUUACCUCAUCAUAGAGAGGAAGCCUCUUUUCUACAUCAUCAACAUCAUCGUGCCCUGCAUCCUCACCAGCGUGUUGGCUAUAUUUGUCUUCUACCUGCCUCCUGGAGCAGGAGAGAAGAUGACUCUCUCCAUUUCUGUCCUCAUCGCUUUGACUGUCUUCAUGCUCCUGCUGGCUGACAAGGUCCCUGAGACUUCCCUUGCCAUACCCAUUAUUGUCAACUACGUCAUGUUCACCAUGAUCCUGGUCACCUUCUCUGUCAUCCUGAGCGUGGUUGUCCUCAACCUGCACCACCGAACAGCCAGCACGCACAUCAUGCCACACUGGGUUCGGAAGUUCUUCAUUCACUUCCUGCCCAAGUUCAUUGGCAUGAUGAGGCCCAACCCAGAGGAGCCUCUGCUGAAGGAAGAGUCUAAAGACGACAUCCCUAUCCGAGGCUUCAGUGGACGGCAGCCUGGAGGAGAGUACUUCUUUCGCAAGAUCAACCCUGAUCUUGUCAUACCCUGGAGGGGCAGGUGUGAGAGCACAGUGCAGCUGCAGCGGCACCCAGACACUGACGGCUACUGUCUGAUCCUCCCUCCCAACCUGAAGUCAGCCAUCGCUGCUGUGACAUACAUGGCCGAGCAGCUGAAGAAGCAGGACACGGACGACACAAUGACAGGAGACUGGCAGUUCAUUGCCCUGGUGGUGGACCGUCUCUUCCUGUGGUUAUUUGUCAUCAUCACCACCCUGGGAACCCUGGCCAUGUUCUUGGAUGCCAGUUUCAACUAUACACCCGACAACCCUUUCCCAUAGGAGACAACACACACACACACACAAACACACAGACACACACACACACACACACAUCACAC